UCGUCUGCAAGCCACUCACACACGGGAAAACACGCAUACACAGCCCACAGAACCUACAAAACACCCUAACCUUCACCAUAACCCACAAAACAACCUCUGAACCACUCAAUCCCACCACCAGAGAGGCUAAUAAGAAAACAACGUUGAUAAGAGAAGGGAACGUAUAGGGAGGAGCAAGAUGAGAGGGGCGAGUGGCGGAACUGGCAAGCGGGACGUGAGCAACUUGAACCCUGAGGAAGAGAACAUCAUCAACUUGCUUCCUCGCCGACCCGUGGUACUGAAAAGGGAGAAGAGGCACGUGUCGCAGCAUCACGGGCGUGUGGUGGCGGAGGCGCGGGGGCGGGGGAGCCACGCCACGCUGGGAAAGGCCGCCCCCGCCCGCCCGCCCAGUCCGAGCCAUUACCUGAAGAAGAGACAGCGGGACCAGCACCACCACGCCCUCGCCGCCUCCAACCACGCCCGUGUCGCAGCGGAGCGCCCUCACCCAUGCAGCAAACGGCCACCUCUCCCCUCACCUGUGGCCUACCCUCCCCCGGACCGAGACAGGUAUGAGGUGAACUGGAUAGCGGGCAACGUGGAGGCAGCCGCAGUAGGAGCAGUAGGAGGGGCAGGAGGAGGAGGGCGUGGAGAGAGCGGGCGUGGGAGUGGGCGUGGGCGGCUCAAAGUGGAUGACCUAACGGGACACACACAGGACCUCCUCAGCGCGGGGCUCUUCCCUCGUUACGUGUUCAAGAAGAACUUCGGUCGCGUCCCGGCAUAUUUGGAGAUCCGAAAGAAAUCACAGAAGACGAAUAAGGAAGAGGAGAAGGGAGGGCGAAGGGAGGAGGGAGGACUGAGCGAGAGGAGGAGGAAGGAAGAAGGGAGGAAGGAGGAGGAAGAGGAAGAGGAGUAUGCUAUGUUGCCGGAGGAGGAGAAGGAAGAGCUAUUGAAGGGUCUGCACGCCAACCUACGGGAGGCCCAGAGGAAGCUGCAAGCGCUCCCCGUGGUGUGUGAGACCCUCGCCAGCAGGACGCGGCGGGACCAGCUGGAGGGCCGCGUGACGGACCUCCAGCGGUACAUCUUCCUGCUCCAGCACCACGCCCUGGCCCUCACCUCCUAGGCUGGUGGUGAUGGUGAUGGGGAGGAGGAGGAGGAGCAGGAGGAAAAGGAGGAGGGGGUGUAGGGUUUAAGAAAGCAUAUGUAUUAGGUUUAUUAGUAGAGAAUGGAGAUGACAAAAAUUGAGAUGAUGAUGAUGAUGAUGAUGAUGAUGAUGAUGAUGAUGAUGAGGAGGAGGAGGAAGUGAAGGAGGAGGAGGAGGAGGAGUGAAGGGUUUAGGAGAAUUUACUUGGAUUAGAUAAAUUAUAAAAAAAAAAGAAAACUGAAGGAAGAAAAUUAUAAAAAAAAAUUGAGAUGAUGAUGAUGCUGAAGAGGAGGAGGAGGAGGAGGAGGAGGAGGAGGAGUGAAGGGCUUAGGAGAAUUUACUUGUAUUAGAGAAAUUAUUAAAAAAAAAAAAUGAAAACUUGAAAAAAAAACACAAAGAUCAAAAUGGUCCAUGUAAGAAUUUCAAGUGGUCCAUAGAAAUUCUAAUUAUACAUAAAUUUAAUAUACUGGAAUCAGGAAACGAGCGGCUUGGAAAAAAAAAAUCAUACUACUGUACACAAUCCUUAAAACUGAACGCCUAAAUGCUAGAAUUUCUCUACAUUAGCUAACGGUACCAGGGGUGUCAAACUCAGAGACCAGGUGACAAAUUAGGCCCUUGGGAUGGUCAUGAGUGGCCCGCGAGUAGGCGUCCACAGGUGAAAAUGUGACUGGAAAAACGGGAACGGGGCAAAAAAAUAAAAAUAAAUAAAUAAAUAAAUAAAUAAAGAUAAAUAAAUAAAUAAAUAAAAAUAAAUAAAAAAGGUUGGGAACUACUGAUCUAGCCGAAGAAUUAUAUAGA